AUGGAGUCUUUGCGUUAUCUCGGUACUAUGGCCGGCCACAAAGGCUGGGUCACCGCCAUUGCCACAUCGUCGGAGAACCCGGACAUGAUUCUGACCGCCUCUCGCGACAAGACCAUCAUUGUCUGGCAAUUGACUCGCGACGAUGACCAAUAUGGCUAUCCCAAACGCAUUCUUCACGGCCACAACCACUUCGUUUCUGACGUCGUGAUUUCUUCCGACGGUCAAUUCGCUCUCUCCUCCUCAUGGGACCACACACUCCGCCUGUGGGACCUUAACACCGGUGUGACCACCCGUCGCUUCGUCGGCCACACUUCAGAUGUCCUCUCCGUCUCCUUCAGCGCAGAUAAUAGGCAGAUCGUCUCUGGUUCGCGCGACAGGUCGAUCAAGCUAUGGAAUACCCUAGGAGAAUGCAAGUAUGAUAUCAAGGAUGACGGUCACACUGAAUGGGUAUCAUGCGUGCGCUUCAGCCCGAACGUCAUGAACCCCGUCAUUGUCUCAUGUGGAUGGGACAAGGUUGUCAAGGUCUGGGAACUCUCGAAAUUCAAGCUCAAGACCAACCAUUACGGCCACACUGGCUACAUCAACACUAUUUCCGUUUCACCCGACGGUUCGUUGGCUGCGUCUGGGGGCAAGGAUGGUAUCACUAUGCUGUGGGAUCUCAAUGAGGGCAAACACCUCUACUCGCUGGAGGCUGGUGACAUCGUCAACGCUCUCGUUUUCUCGCCGAACCGCUACUGGCUGUGCGCGGCUACGGCAACCUGCAUCAAGAUCUUCGACUUGGAGAGCAAGUCGAUCGUCGAUGAGCUCAAACCCGACUUUGCGCAGAGCACAGGCUCGCGGGAACCUGAAUGUGUUUCUAUUUCAUGGUCCGCUGAUGGUCAGACGCUCUUUGGUGGCUUCACCGAUGACAUGGUCCGUGUCUGGACCGUUGUAUCGUGA